AGAGCGAGGACCCCCUCACAUGUAGCUCUGCCCAUUUUCUUGCUCAUUAAAUAACCAAUAAAUUCACUUAUGUAAAUCGGCUAUGGAUAUGGAUAUAGCUUCCAAUUCCAUCCCAUCACCACCGCUCUCGCUGCCCUUCCUAACAACCCUCAAACUCCUCGGACUCGAGCUCUACCGGUAUCUCAUCACCCACCGCGAUGGCACCGUCAACCGCCGCCUCCUCCGCCUCUUCGACCUCAAAGCAUCACUUUCCGCCACCAGGCGCAUUGGCAAAACUGAUUGCGUCUCCGUUGCCGACGUCACCGUCGACGCCUCCCGCAACCUCUGGUUCCGCCUAUUCACCCCGACUGCCACUGCAGCCAAAUCGCUUCCCUUGAUCGUCUACUAUCACGGUGGCGGAUUCACCACUUACGGUCCGGACUCAUUCACUUUCGACAACCUGUGCACUCAUAUCGCAGCAAACGUCCCCGCCGUCGUCGUCUCCGUAAACUACCGCCUGGCUCCGGAGCAUCGCUUCCCCGCUCAAUACGACGACGGAUUCGACGCCUUGAAAUUCAUCGACUCAGAAAACGACGCCGUUUUGCCCGCUGCAGCAGAUCUGAAGAGCUGCUUCCUCGCCGGAGACAGCGCCGGAGGCAACAUAGCCCAUCAUGUCAUGGUUAGAGCCUCCCAGAAUUCGCGCGAAUUCAAGGAAUUAAAGAUCCAGGGACUUGUGCUGCUGCAGCCAUUUUUCGGCGGAGAAGAGAGGACUGAAUCGGAGCUGAGGAUGAAUAGAGCGCCGGUGCUGAAAUUGGAGCAGACGGAUUGGAUGUGGAGGUGCUUUCUGCCGGAGGGCGCCGAUCGGGACCAUCCGGCGGCGCAUGUUUUCCGGGGCGGGGAUGAUCUGAAAAGCGUCGAAUUUCCGAGGGUGCUGGUGGUGCGAGGAGGGUAUGAUCCUCUGCUGGAUUGGCAGAGACGAUACGUUGAGUGGUUGCAGAGCUGUGGGAAACAGGUGGAGGUGAUCGAAUAUCCCAUGGCGUUUCAUGCUUUCUACAGCUUCCCUGAAGUGCCAGAAUUCAAGCUGUUGAUUAGGGACGUGUCCAGUUUCAUCAGGAAACAAAAUCACUGCGACUGAAUUGAAAACAUAAUAAAGAAUACCUUUGGUUGUUGUCUGGUUCAGGCAUAUCGUCGAACACGCAUUGCUAUCAUAAGUUGAAUCAAAGAAAUAAUCAUUGGGAGGAGAGGUUGCUUGCUGGAUUUGCUUUGAUUUCAAUGUAAUAGCGGCAUCUAAUCUAUUGAUGAUUUUACUGCCAUCUAAUCAUAAUUAGGCCGUCUGGAAAGUUUAUGCAAUCAUGCAUCUCUGAUUGUACAAUAUUUUUGGGACCUAACACACAUUUUUAGAUCCUAAACCCUGAUCAUAUCCGAAUUCAUUCGCCUAUACUUGGACCCGCUAUA